GCGCUGGAUAGUAAUUGUUUCGUAUUUUAUUUAUAUUUUCGUCGGUCGCCGUCGUUGCUGAGGUUGUUACGGAACUGAGAAGUGUGUUAUUUCCAUAUGUUUUAGCAUAUUUACAUGCGAGGAUGUGAUUUCCCUCUUCAGGGUGUAAAGCAGUACCAUGGUGUGGACCCGGGCUUUCCUCGUCCAAAUGAGACGCUCUGCUUCCAUGGGUACAUGAACUUAAGUUCCACCGGCCAGAUGCCUGUGAUGAAGGAGGUCGAUAUAAAUGAGAGCAACAGCAUGGCGAAGAGGGUUGCUCUCAUCAGCUUCCUGUCACUGGUCAUGCUUAUGAGUGUCCUGGGAAACCUGCUCGUCAUGGUGGCUGUAUGCAAGGAUCGGCAACUCAGGAAAAUUAAGACCAAUUACUUCAUAGUGUCGCUAGCCUUCGCCGACCUGCUGGUGUCAGUGCUGGUGAUGCCAUUCGGGGCCAUUGAGCUAAUCCAUCAGAACUGGAUCUAUGGUGAGACUUUUUGCCUGGUGCGCACCUCGCUGGACGUGCUGCUGACCACUGCCUCCAUCCUGCACCUGUGCUGCAUAUCUUUGGACAGGUACUAUGCCAUCUGUUGCCAGCCUCUGGUCUAUAGGAAUAAGAUGACACCAUUGCGAGUGGCUCUUAUGAUAGGAGGAUGCUGGAUUAUCCCAACUGUCAUAUCCUUCUUACCAAUAAUGCAAGGCUGGAACAGUAUUGGAAUAAAAGAUCUGAUAGAGGAGCGUCGGUUCAGCGGCAACUCCACAGUGUGCGUGUUUAUGGUGAACAAGCCGUACGCGCUGACCUGCUCGGUGGUGGCCUUCUACAUCCCUCUGAGCCUGAUGGUGCUCGCCUACCAGCGCAUCUACGUAACAGCACGCGAGCACGCCCGCCAGAUCAACAUGCUGCAGAGAGCAGGCGGCGCGGGCUCGACCGGCCUGGUGGGUAACGCCGGGCCCGAGAGCGCCGAGCAUCAGCGCAAUCACAGAAUGCGUACAGAGACCAAGGCAGCAAAGACGUUGUGCAUCAUCAUGGGCUGUUUCUGCCUGUGCUGGGCUCCAUUUUUCAUCACUAAUGUGGUGGACCCUUUCAUAGACUACACAGUGCCUGAGCAACUGUGGGCUGCCUGCCUGUGGCUGGGCUACAUAAACUCCAUGCUCAACCCCAUUCUAUACGCCUUCCUCAACAAGUCCUUCCGUCGUGCCUUCCUCAUCAUCCUCUGCUGUGGCCACCAGCGGUACAGACGGCCUUCCAUUCUCGCACCCAGAACACCAUGCGCAGCCACGCAGAUCAACGGCUCCACACAUGUUCUCAAAUAUUCAGUUCUUCACAAUGGAAACAAUCCUGAACAAGAAAAACUGUCGGUGCAAAAUGACACAGAGUCGCAGGAAUCCUGCUUCUGACCACAGCUUCCACUUAAUCAGAGCAGAACCAGGAAAGGUGCCAUAUCUCACCAUCCGCCCAUUCCUGCGGCACAGUAUCACACGAGGGACUCCAGUAACAGAUUACUGGUUGGUGGACUGAGAUUUACAGUAUGCGCCAAAUUCUAUUGAACAAUGUUGCCAAAGGUAUUUGAUUUCUUAUUUUAGGAUGUAAUUACAUGGGUUCCUAAUUUUCUUUGUUUC